AUGUCACUGUUUUUAACAACAGUAGUAAACCCCGAUCCAGGGACCACUGACAUUAAUAAUGUUUUCUCACUGAAUCCCCUCAAUUCUAUAUCCAAUAAUGAUAUCAGUGAUACAUUUUUUCAAAUUCAGAAAUUGUAUCAGCAACAGAUUAAGGGCUACUGGGAACUAGUGAGUUUGAAACAAUAUAUUGACCAGAAACUUGUGCCACGGGGACUUAGACCAGAAAUCCCAUUACCAGAUAAGAUAACCACUGAGGAACAAAAACAUGAAUGGAAUGGCAUUCUUUUAGAAUGUUCAGAAAAAUUAAUGCAGUUCCUAAUUAAACUCGAAUCACAAAAUUUGGAAGAUACUAACAUAAAUUUGGAAAAAGAAUUGGUGACAGUAAAAACAUUUAAGGACAAAGCCGAAUUUCCACUUAUGGAAAAUAAACUUCAGAAAAACUUAGACUCUUUUAAGAAACAUGUUAAAGAGAAAAAACACAUUAAAUUUGUUAGAGACUAUAAAGACUUCAAGGAAGGCAAUAUCUUUAGGACCAGAAGGAAGUCUAGACCACGCACUCUAAGUGAGAAUGGUUCAACAUCAGGUAAUACUGACUGGACUGAUUCUGACUCAGGUUCUUCUAGGCCAUCUAGAAACCAACGCAAUAGAGAAUAUUCAAAUAAGAAAAGAGGUAGAGGUAUCUUGAAGCAACCAAAUAGAAAUGUUAACUUUCCUGAUAAUCCGGUGACUGAGAAUCAAGGGCCAAAUCCAGCAGUGAGUACCACUAGACCUUUUUCAUCUCCUUUUUUAGAGGAGGACUGGCCAGUUCCAAUAGGGGGCAGGUUACGAGACCGAAACAAAUGGGGUUACAAACCGGACAAACGGACAAACCAGACUCAAUAA